CAUAGCAUGACAUCAGCCAAUAGUUAACAUUUCCAGAACUUGUUAAAUAUUACGCUUAUCAUUUGUAAUAACAACGAAUUUCACUUAAAAUUCCAUCCUUGUGAUUAAUCAGCUCACGACUCUAUGUACUACAAGUUAUGCAAUCCAUUGCACAUCAAUGAUACAUGUAACUGGUGAAAAUGCAAAAAAUCAUAUUAUUCAAAACUACAACUUCGGAUGACUCAGAGAAUUCAUUUGAAACACUCCUGACCAAAGAAAACUUUCAAGUAUUCAGUAUAAAAACGUUAGAAUUCGAAUUUUUGAAUUUACAAGAGCUUAAGACCUGCCUAGACGAACCUGUUAAGUACGCAGGGAUUAUAUUUACAAGUCCUCGGUGUGUAACAAGCGUGCUGAAAGCAUUGAAUGGCGAUUCGCUGCAUGACGAAUGGAAUACCAAGAAGAACUACGGGGUGGGUCCGAAAACCGUGGAAUGCGCCCGGGCGGAACUCAAUUUGGAGUGUCUAGGCGCCCAGGCAGGUAAUGCCAAUAAUCUGGGUGAUAUCAUCAUAAGGGAUUUUGCACUGCCGACAUCAGAAAAUAUUGCAGCAAAUGUUUCAUUACCGUUUUUAUAUCCAAAAGGAAACUUAUCAAAAGAUUCUUUAAAGCAAAAAGUUCAGACACACGAUGUUAUAGUGUAUGAAACUAUCACAAACUGUAAUUUGGAACAAGAAUUGACAGCCACAACUGAUAACUUUACUAUACAAAUAGAUUAUGUUGUAUUUUUUAGUCCUUCUGGUGUAAAAGCGGUUCAACCACAUUUUUCCAAAGUAAAUAAUGAAAAACUGAAGGUAAUUGCAAUUGGCCCAACAACAGAAGCAUCACUCAAAGAAAUGAAUAUUCCUGUGCAUGGAACCGCAGAAAAACCAUCAGCAGAAUCACUGAUAGCUCUGCUAAAAACGUUUUAAAACUUUCGAAGAGUUAAACAAAAUUCGCGCCGGUGAACUGUUAAUAUUUGUUGUUUUUAUAAAUGUAGGAAAAUUAUAAUGAUUUUUAUUGUU